AUGAAUCGAGUCAAUACUGAGAUCAUAUUGGCCAAAGAGCACAGGAAGGAGGAGAAGAAGCGGGCUGACAUUAAAGACAGAGAAUAUAAUGAAAAGAAACUAAAGCACGAGGAGGAGCAGGCCAAAGAGCAAAAGCGCAUCAAAAAAGCCAAGCAAGUGGAGAAGGUAAACUGCUGAGAAAUCCAGAGACAAGACAGCAGAGGACAGCAGAGGAGAAUGAGAAAUACACCCGCAGAGUCCAGAAGCUGAAAGACAGAGAAUGGAGGACAAAAGAGAGAGAGCUAGCUGAGAAAAAAAGCAAAGAAGACAGCUUUGAUGUAUGCGGUCCGAGAGGAACAGCUUCGCUUCAAAGAUCAGCAAAGAGCCAUGGAAAUCAUGCAGCAGAAGAUCGAGUUUGAUGAGAUAUUAAAGGCACAACGCGAGGCCAUCGCCAAAGAGAAAGAGGAGAGGAAGUGCCUGAAAGCAAAGCAUUACAGAGAGGCUCUGCAACAUCAGAUGAGUGAGCGCAAGCAUUUGGCCAAUAUGAAGCGCAAGGAGGUCUUAAAGAUGGCUGACUAG